AUGGAAGAUAUUAAAACUUACUUAAACGAAUGGUAUAAUAAUAUCCAUGAUAAAAAUGUUGAUUUGGUCAAUGAAUUUGGUGGUAGCGAACUAUUCUUAAUCGAGGGGGAUUGCUUAUUAUUCGAUUUUCUUUAUGAUGGUGAAAGGCAUCUUCUCGAUUUCAAUGAACCAUUCGUUGGAGGACAAUUUUUGGCUUUAAUAUUUUUGAUAGAAAGUUUUAUGGAUAGACUUAAACAGCGUGGAUGUAAAUUUCAUAUUGUUUUCUUUGAAGCACAAAAAGAAAUUUGGAAUUUUGAUCCAAAAUUUAGAAUUGCAAGAGAGAUUGUAUUCUCUCACUUAAAAUCAUAUCAGAAUGUCACAAAAAUUCCAUUUUUUAAUUUUGAUAAUUGGGAGAGUUCGGAGUUUACCGAAUAUCUUAAAGAGAGGCGACCUCUCUUCAUUUUGUUAGGUGAUGGUACAACUGAGAAUUUUAAUAUUGAUUUCGAUUCCGAUGUUCAAAUUCCGGGAGAAAAAUCAAUACGCCUUGCUUCUAUCAUUUGGAAGGGUUUGAUUUUCGAUACUUUGCACAAUGAUCUAUCCGUGGCAUUAAUACAAGGAAUGGAAUUUAAAGAUUCUCAUGUUAAGGCUUUUGCUUUUGAUCGAGGUAACACGGUAGAUCUCGCCAGUUUAUCAAAACAAGAUGAUAUAAAAUCACUUUGCAAGAAUAUUAUUGAAAAAUUAAAUAAUAAUGUUGAUGAUGAUGAAAAAUUAAAAUAUAUAUUAUCAGAUAAAGACAAAGACUUACUUAAUUCAGAAGAAAAUCAAAAAAUAUGGUUGAAUGGUGGAAAAAGGAUUGCUCUAAUUAUUAUUCCUUUAAUUGGUCUAUUAAGAAAUAAUUCAAAUUAUUGGUUUUUAGCCAAGAUUUUCUUGCUUCAUGUUUAUCUUCUUGACAAUAUUAAAUUGAAAUCAAGGACUCUAUCACCAAUAUCCUCAGAAUCAAAAAAUAUCGGCAUCAGAUUCUUGAGUGACUUUUUUACAUAUUGUUCUCAUGCAUUACAAUUUGAUACUCCUCUGUCAUAUGAUUCAAAAUUACCACUCCUUCCUGUAAAUCCUAAAUUCUUUUCGGAUUAUCUUGAAGACCUGCAAUUGGAGCUUGUCGACGACGAAUCCAAGAUUAAUAAAGGAAUUUAUGGUUCAACCGUAUCAACUCCAUUUAAGUAUAUUUUACCCUGGUUAACUUCAAAUAGGGGAGAUGACGAACAAAGAUCUGUGGAAUAUCGCGAGAAACAUGCAACUUCUUAUAAAACUAGAGGUUAUCAAAAAUACGUCAGUUUUAUGAAUAGAUAUGUUGAGUCGUUAGAAGGCACGCAAGGAUUUUUUAAAAAAGCAAUUCAAUCUAAAAAAGAAAUUCAAUCUGAAGGUGAUAAAGGUGAUAAAAAACAAAUUACACAAAAGAUAUCUAAUCGUCAGAAAGAAAUAAAGGAACAAAUACUUCAAGACAAGUCGAAAAAAAUUCACGAGGAAUCUGAAGAAUUCCUUGACAAGGUUAUUGUCAACGAACUUCCCAGACAUUCCACUAUUGAAGGAAAGCUGACAUACUUGGAUUCAAUACUUUCCAGUGAAAAAAAUAAGUUAAAGCAUCCCUUAUCAAUUGUCCGUGGUCAAUUUCUUAAAUUACAGAUUUUAUUAGAACAUUGGAGUAAACUUUGCCAGCGUUCAGAAUUAAGUCAAGGCUGGCAAAAGUUUGCAGUUAAUAUAUAUCGACAGGAAAAUGAAUCUUUAUCAACAGUAACAAAUCAAGAAAAUUCUAAACCAAAAGGGGGAAAAGUCAAGAAAGGUACUAAAAAAGCAAAACAAACUAAGCUCACCAAUUCAGUAGAUGCAAAAAUGCCUUCUCUAGAAUUUGAAUUUGAGAUGCCAAGAUCAUCAAGUAAUUUAAAGUUACCCGAAGAUAUUACUGAUUCCAGAUUUCAAAUGUUAUAUGCCGGUCAUUUAAUGGAUAGAAACACACAAAGUGUUGAUGAUCCAAGAGUCGAGAAAUUCAAGCCAGAUAUGUGGCAAUGUAAAGUAUUGGAUGUAAUUGACAGAGACGAAAGCGCUUUAGUGAGUUGUCCAACUUCUAGUGGAGUUUUGGUAUACGUUGCUCCCUCGAAGGCACUAGUGAAUCAAGUGACGGCUGAAAUUUAUGGCCGCUUUAAUAAGACUUAUGAUAAACCCGGGAGCACUUCAUGGGGAAUUUAUACCAUGGAUUAUUGUGUAAAUGAGGAGAAAUGUCAAAUAUUGGUUACAGUACCGGAUAUUCUAGAAAUACUUUUAUUGAGUCCUGACAAAGUUAAAUGGGUGUCUAGAAUUCGACGAAUUAUAUUUGAUGAAAUUCAUUGUAUAGGGGAAGAUAGGCAUGGCACGGUUUGGGAACAUUUGAUUCUAUUAGCGAAUGUACCGAUUCUCGCUUUAUCGGCUACAGUCGGUAAUCCGGAUGAAUUUAGAAAUUGGAUUGCGAAAGCGCAAAAACCCAGAGAAAUGAGACUUAUUAGAUCAACUAAACGUUUCUCUGAUCUCGUGCAAUAUGCUUAUGUUCCUCAAUAUCCCUUGGGAAGUAUAUCGACCGUUCUUCCCAAAGAAUGCAAAAAUUCUUUAAUUCCCAUUCAUCUUUUUUCAGCUUUGUCUUCAGUCAUUGUUGCUGAAAGUGGGAUUCCAGUUGAUUUCAAACUAACGCCAGAUCAAUGCGUUCAAUUAUGGGAUAUGAUGAAUAAGGUCUCAAAUAGUGACCCAGAUAUUCAAUUUUUAGAUCCUGAUGUAUAUUUCAAGGAGAAAGGUUAUAUUGUAAAGGAUGAUGUUGAUCGAUAUGAAGUUGAAUUAAAGAAAAAGUUUGUAGGUUGGGUAAGGGAUCAAUCUAAAUCUGCAUAUGCUAAAGAAGUUAUUUCAAAACUUGAUACUCUAAAAGAUCGAUUUGUUCAAUUAGAAAAUUCAACAAAGAACGACAAUUUGGAAGCAUAUAGUUUCGAAUUUUUGGAGAAAUCGAUUAUUCAUCUUUUAACUGAAUUAUCUGCUCAAGAUAAAUUGCCAGUAAUUAUAUUUCACCUUGAUCGUGAGGGCUCAGCGCAGGAAAAGCAGGAAAAAAAGAAAAAAAAUGUACGCGACCCUAAGAAAAGACCCAAAAACGAUGAUGAUAAAGAUGAACCUCCUGAAGAUGAUUCUUUUGUUCCCAUUUUUGAUUGGGAAGCUCAGGAUCCAGAUUUCAGUUUUGUAAAUCCCAGAUUCCGUAUGGAAACUGAUAAGUAUGAAAAAAUGAAGCAAGAGAUUCGUGCCAAAUUGCCUGAAGAGUUAUAUUGGCUUUUGGAUGCUUUGGAUAGAGGUAUCGGUGUACAUCACGCAGGAGUAAAUAAAAGAUAUCGAGAGGCGGUUGAAAUUUUACUCCGAAGACGUCAUCUUACUGUAGUAAUUGCCACGGAAACUCUCGCUCUCGGUAUUAACAUGCCGGCAAGAUCUGUAGUUUUUGCAGGAGAUUUUGUAUCUUUAAAUGCACUUCAAUUUCGUCAAAUGUCUGGAAGAAGUGGAAGAAGAAACUUUGAUAAUAUCGGUCAUGUCAUAUUUUUUGGAAUUCCUCAGGCAAAAAUUAAAGGACUUUUAACAUCAGCGGUACCAAACCUUACUGGCAAUUUUCAUUUGACAAAUACCCUUGUUUUACGAUGUAUUAUGCUUCUCUCGCAAGAGGAAGAGGCAGCCAAAAAAUCGGUUUCGGGAUUAUUUGGUGAUUCCUUCUUUUAUCUUGGAAAAGAACGUUUAUCUGGACAAAUCAAGUAUCAUUUGAGAUAUUCAAUUGAAUAUUUAACGCGAGAAAAUCUCAUAGAUUUUGAUUGUAAUCCUAUAACCCUUUCCGGAUUCGUUUGUAAUUUAUAUUCCACUGAACCCGGAAAUUUCGCAUUGGCAACAUUAUUUAAACGAGGGAUACUUCAUAAAAUUUGUUCAAUGACAGAAAAUAAGGAAGAAACUCUGGUUUUGAUUCUUGCAUAUCUAUUUAAUCGAAUAAAAUUGCGCAAUUGUAAUAGGAAUCGGAAAAUAUAUGAUAAGCAUGAUCCAAGAAUUUAUUUAGAUCCACUACCCGAAAAGGUUAAAAGUAUUCUAGACAAACAUAAUGAAAGGAUAUUAGAAGUUUAUACGGAAUAUAUAGUUUCAUUUGCAAAACAAAAUUAUUCAAAAAUUGGACCAGAUAAUGUUUUGCCAAUAUCUAAACUCGAAUUUCCUCCUAAAAAGGAUUCUCAAGAAAAUUCCUUACUUUCCAAAUUAGAUUCCCUUUCAAUUCCUUUUUAUGCGCGUUCACCUUUCAUUGCUAUGUGUAGUUCGUUAGGGGAUAAAUUUUAUGAUGUCUAUGAUCUUGUCAAUCAUAUUCAUAGUCAAAUUUUUCUUGACAGUAAUAGCAUUCCAUAUAUACCAAUACUUGAAAAACGUAUUAAUGCUUAUAUACUCAAUUUUUACGAGCGUGGAAACAGAGAUAUACUUGUAUCAGAAAAUAGAAUCGAAUCUGACGAUGUUUGGCCGUUAUUGAGAGAGUUCCAAAUGGCUCUUCAUACAAUCGUUGCAAUAUUAGAUAAAAGAAAUAUUGCAAGUGAACGUUCUGUUUUGACAAUCUUUGAAUCGGUUAAAGAGCAUUUUGACGAACGAUUUCAAAAGACAUGGGCAUAG